CAUUUUAGCUUAGUUUAUACACAGCUACAGAGUAACACAGUUCUGGGAAGAGAGACAGUUGCAACUAGUUUCCAUAUAGUGAAUUUGGCAGUGCUAUCGUGAAGGUGACAACUCAGAAACAUGAAUUCCAAAGUUUGCCUCUUUGUUUUGCUGAUAGGUUCGCUGAUAAUGCUCACCAAGGCUGACGAUGAUUCAUCUCCCCGUUAUCCUGACUGCAGUGUUUACAGGGACAAAGAGGAUGACUACUGUGCUACCCUUGAAGAAAAUAAUGUCUGUGGAGAGAGCGGUAAAACUUAUAGGAAUGAAUGUGAACUCUGCAUCGUGUCCCGUAACACACCAAAGCUUGAAAUGAUUACAAAUGAUGGACCAUGUAAACUUGCAGUGGAUGAUAGCAUUUGAAAUUUAGGAAAAUCCACUUGGGCGUGCUAGAUUUCCAUGUUUGCUGAUGUUACUAAUUCUGGAUUAUGACAGAACAUUUUUAAUAGAAUGUUUUGCAUUUAAUUUUUUUCCCAUGAUAAAAUCUAAUUAUUCUAUAAUGCUUUCUGUGUAUGUCCUUUGGGUUUUUCUGUGUACUGCUAAUACAUAGAACUUAUGUGACUGGUGUUUUUGGUUUCUAUCUCUGCAAUCACAUAUGAAAGCAGAUUCCAUACAGCAUCUGGAACUCAUUCUCUAAAUAAUAUCCAAAUGUGCAAAAAGGGAAUAUAUAAUAAAUAAUUCAAUCUAUUGAAA